UUGAGGCAGGCGGUGGCCAUGUCCACCCGCCAACAGCCACCCACCACAGGCUUGCAGGGCAUCGCCGGCUUCUUGAAGAACUUGAUUGUGAAAGAGUCGCAGGCGUUGUCAGAGUCCAUCAACCGCAACUUGGACUCGUUGGACGAAGACACUCACACUGCGGACCUCGAACCCAACUUGAAAAACGACCUUGCCAAGAUCUUGGACACCAACCACAAGCUCUUCAUCAUGUUGACGUACAGCCCGCUCCUCAUCAACCCCGAGAGCUACCUCGCGCUCUACGAGCAGUUGGAAAACCCGCUCGACAACGCCCUGAAGACCCUCCUCAUCAGAAGACUCUUGUUCCACAGACAGUACGAAAAGUGCUGGAAAAUCUGCUUGGAGACCUACACAUCGCUCACCGACCUCGAGGACUUCUUGGACGUGGCCUUCCAGGCGUUUGAGGAAAACGACAACCUUGCAUUUGGCCUACUCGAGUUGCUCAUAGCUUCCCAGACCGAAGAAAUCAACCCGGGGUUCAGAAACCACAUCGUGGACAUCUGUAGCUUGAAGUACAAGAUCAGCAAAGAAUGGAUCCAGCUGAACUUGUCCUUGUGGCUUGAGCUCGAUAACCUCCAGAACAUCGAGGACUUUUCUGCGUUCAAGGCCUCAUAUAACAUCAACGACAGGAACUCCCAGAUGCUAUACCUCAAGAAAUUGUUCGAAACCAUUCAGCAUAACUCACCAAACCAACAAGAAAUCGCACACUUGAUACAGGAACAUGGGGAUAUCACGAAGUAUCCGGGCUGGCUUUCUGUGGUGGGUCCACAAUUUGCACAUUCAUCUAAUUUUCCGUUCCUGAAGGAAUGGAAAACUCCCAUGAUAGCUACAGCAUUAUCUAAGUACGUGGAAACCCUUGCAGACUCCACCAAUUUGAAUGCAAAUGAUGUGGUAUACCUCAUUAGGUCCAACCCCAAUUUUGAUGCCUACCAAACCUACCAGGCAUACCAUAAGAAUGGCAAAAAAUCCAACAAGUACAUCAUCAACUAUCUCUUGUCUAAAUUGAAUGAGGCUGGAACCAUUGAACAGAUCAACUCCGUACUUGCGGAACAUUUCCAAGUACUCGACGACUCACCUUUAAUUAAAUCAAUAAGCCGUGUAUACGUCGAGUCACACCAAAACUUUGCAUCGUGUUUCAAGCAAUUGAACUCAUUACCACAAGAUAGGAAGGAAAAACUCAUUCCUGAAUUUCUUGACUUAGCAUUUUCAUCACCCAUCCCAAUUCAUGAUGUCCACAAAUUAAUUAAACAAUUGCAUUUCUCAUACAACCCAAAAGGAAUCAGGAAUGUGCUACGCAAAGUAGCCAACGGAGAAUACCCAAGAGACGAACAACUUCAUUUUUACCGCUUGUUAGCAUCUGAUGAUCAAUUACUUUCCAAGCAAAUGGUGCUAGAAUUGUUCAGAUCGAUGCUAUUGCGAUCCAAUAUAUACGAACACACGUUGAUCGGAGAUAUGUUUGAAAAGCUCUUAGAACUUACGCUUCGUAAAGAGGUUAUUUUGGCGAGAAGCGAAGGAUCCAAUCAGAAGUUCCACCAUGACAUUCAAAAAUUACUUUUCUUUGCUACUUCCAAGGAAAAGGCAGAUUUCCAUAAUGCUCUUCGAGCUUUUGGCCAAACCAUUUCACUAAUGGAAGCCAAGAAUAUUGCUACGGUGAUCUACAGUAUCAACGAACGAUUCCAAAGCGGUCAAUUUACGUUCGUGACUUCCGUAUAUGGUAAAGAUUACAUAAUGAAUAAUUUAAUGUUGGAAGUCAUGAGGUUUGUUGAACGCUCUGGAGAUUCCACUUCGGGGAUAUUGAAAAUGAGGGACAUAAUUUCGACGUUGAAUGAUUCCAAUUCUCAGAAGGAAGCACUUGCCACAGCGCAGUCAUCAUUAUUUAAAUUAAUGAUCAAAGAUGAUCCCACAAAGGCAGUGAAACUUCUACAACUUUAUCAAACCACAAAAGCAAAGCUAUCGGGGAAAAUUACUUUUAUGAUCCUUGGAAUUUUGACUUCACCGAAGUUGGAUAUCAAUCAGAAGAUACAGUUUUUCAAAUCAUUCUUAGAUAAAUUGAAAGAAUAUGGAUACAAUUAUAGAAUUAGACAAGUUAUUAUUCAUCAAGUGAUGAAGGUUUUAAGAGAUGACAAGUUAAAACUUUCACACGAUUCAAAAAUCUGGUUGUUUGGGAUACUUCAAGAAGUUAAAGGAACCAAACGGGUAGUUGAAAAACUGAUCAAGCAAAAGAGAAAGGCCCAAAAUUCAAGGGCAAGUAAUUAGGGAACAAUCAUAGAAUACUGUAUAUAUUGUAAUAUAGAGCAACAAAGGAUUUUGC